GCUAGUUCAAAACGAACACAAAUCUAUGAAAUUGCACCAAGUUUAUACAGCACAUAUGAAGAUAAAGAUCCCGGAAAAAUGACGAAAGUGUGUCCUGAAAUAGAAGAAGGGACAUUAUCUUUAUCAGUUGUUGUUCCAGUAUCAGUAGAUGUGAGCUUUGCUUCUAAUCAUUUUCCAACAUACAAAUUAGGACCUGAUAAUCAGAUAGUAGAGGAACCUAAGGAAGAUGAAAAAGGUCCAUCAGUGAAAGAGACUGUCGAGAAAGAGAGCGAGCUGUUGUCUGAUCAGCACAAGCGGCUUUCGGUCCGUGACCUCGCUAGUAAAUUUGACAAGAAUCUGGCUGCAGCUGUUAGUUUGGCUGAUGAGGCUAAAUUGAGAGAGGUGGCUUCUUUGGAGGGACAUGUUAUGUUGAAGAAGCUAAGGGAUGCUUUAGAAUACAUGAGAGGACGCACGGAUGGGCAAAACAAGGAAGAUGUGGAGACAGCUAUCUCCAUGGUUGAAGCUCUAGCUGUGAAGUUAACUCAGAAUGAAGGUGAGUUGAUUCAAGAGAAGUUUGAAGUGAAGAAACUAGGAAACUUCCUCAAGCAGACUUCAGAAGAUGCAAAGAAACUGGUAAAUCAGGAAAAGUCAUUCGCUUGUGCUGAGAUCGAAACUGCAAGGGCCGUUGUGCUGAAACUUGGAGAGGCGUUUGAAGAACAAGAACGGAUUUCUGAAGCUUCUAGAGCUCAGGGGCCGGAUGUGGAAAAAUUGGUAGAGGAGGUUCAAGAGGCUAGGCAAAUCAAAAGGAUGCAUCACCCAACGAAGGUGAUGGGCAUGCAACACGAGCUUCAUGGUUUAAGAAAUCGAAUCCAAGACAAGUAUAUGAAUUCUGUUAAACUUCAUAAAGAGAUAGCAACAAUCAAGAGAGCUGAGGAAUCCAAGUCUUGUCCAUUUGUUCUUGAAGGCAAUCAAAGUCUUGGCUCUUGCUUAAGAAUCCGUGUCAAUGCUGCAGACAAUGCUCCAGAUCUUUCCAACUGUUCGAUUCAGUGGUAUCGUGCAGCAUGUGAAACUAGUAGAAGGGAAGCUAUAUCUGGUGCCAUCCAAUCGAUGUAUGCUCCAGAACCAUUUGAUGUUGGGAGGAUCUUACAGGCAGACAUUCUUUCAAAUGGACAAAAGUUCACAGUUACAACAGAUGAUCCAGUUGAUCCUGAUUCUGGCUUGCAUUCCCGCGUAGAGUCGCUGAUGCGAAAAUCUAACAGUGAAUUCAGUGUGGUUAUAUCGCAGAUGAAUGGACAAGACUAUGCAUCCCGAUCUCACGUCUUUACCGUUGGAAAGACGAGGAUAAAGCUGUCUCGAGGAUGGAUCACAAAGGCGAGAGAAUUAUAUUCGACAUCCAUGCAGCUCUGUGGUGUUAGAGGCAAUAUUAAGGCUCCUACCAAGGCGGUGUUCUGGCAACCAAGAAAGAGUCUAACUUUCAUACUAACCUUUGAGUCAGAACAAGAACGUAACGCAGCCAUAGCCCUGGCUCGAAAAUACGCUUUCGAUUGCAAUGUUACACUGCUUGGUCCAGAUGAUUAAGUGAAGAAGACAAUGUCAUUAACGAACCACCUGAUAUUUUUUUCCCUGACGCCGGAUUUUCUUGUUCUGUGUGUUUGUGUGCGGCUACUUUUUUGUGUUUUUCGCACUGGUUCAAAGAAGGAAGGUGCAAGUUUGGUUUUUCUACUGAUCAUACAAUGUUGCUGCAUAGAGUUUUAUUAUAGGCA